CUUUAAUCCCAACUCUCCAGAAACGCUUCAGUUCCUUUUCCAUCGCAGAUAGAAGCUUAUGGGAGCACAGAAAUUUCCAGUUUUAUUCCUCUAUGUGGCUUAUUAACUGCCAAUUCCAUGUGGUGUGCUUCUACAUUCAGGUCAGUUUCCCAAAGAAAACUCUUCGGAAACAGUCAAUUUAUACGGUCUCGGGCAGUUUCAGCGCUAGCUCAGUUGACCCCAUGUUACUCGGACUCAAGUGCUGAUGAAUCAAUUUCAAUCCCUGAUAAAAGUGGCACUAAAAUCGAUGAUCCUCUUUGGGAGCUAAAUUCAUGUGGGGUCAUUGAAAUCCUCAAUAAUUUGAAAAAAGAACCCAUUUCUGCAUUGCAAAUAUUUAGGCAAUUGAAGGAGCGUGGGUUUAAGCAUGAUGUUGGGACCUAUGUUGCUAUUAUUAGGAUAUUAUGUUAUUGGGGUAUGGAUAUGAAGUUAGAUUCUGUACUGUUGGAGGUGAUUAAGUGGAGAAAAGAGCAUUUGGGUUUUGAUAUUUCGGAUUUGUUUGAAGCGUUGGUGGAAGGACUAAAUGUUGAGGGGUCGAAUUUGUUGGCUCGGGCCCUUGAAGCCAUGGUUAAGGCGUUUGUUAGUGUGGGUAUGUUUAAUGAGGCUAUUGAUACUUUGUUCCAGACGACAAGGCGUGGUUUUGGGGUGUCUUUGUUGGCGUGUAAUUAUCUGUUGAACCGGUUGGUUGAGUGUGGAAAGGUGGAUAUGGCAGUGGCUAUGUAUAAGCAGUUGACGAGGUUAGGUUUGAGUCCAAAUGUUUACACUUACAGUAUUGUGAUUAAGGCAUUCUGUAGGAAGGGUACUCUGGAGGAAGCUGUUGAUGUGUUUGAGAAGAUGGAGGAAGCUGGUGUGACCCCAAAUAAUUUUACUUAUUCCACAUAUCUGGAAGGGCUUUGCUCACAUGGACGAUCAGAUUUGGGUUAUCAAGUGUUGAUAGCCUGGAGUAGAGAAAGUGUGCCUAUUGAUGCAUAUGCUUAUACGGCUGUGCUGCGUGGUUUUGUUAAUGAAAAUAAACUAAAAGAAGCAGAGGAGGUAUUGCUUAAGAUGGAGGAGCAUGGACUAAUGCCUGAUCAAUUUUGUUAUGGUGCCUUGAUUCGAGGCUAUUGCAAGGUUGGAAAUAUAAUUAAAGCUCUGGCUUUCCAUAACGAAAUGGCAGCUAAAAAUAUCGGAACUAAUUGUGUAAUUGUCAGCUCAAUUCUUCAAUGCCUGUGUCAGAUAGGCAUGUUUGGUGAGGCAGUCGAUCAGUUCAAGAGCUUUAACGAUCUAGGAAUUUACCUUGAUGAGAUUGCAUAUAAUGUUGCAAUUGAUGCUUUAUGCAAACUUGGAAAAGUGGAAGAAGCUGUGAGAUUGCUAGAUGAGAUGAGGCGUAAGAAAAUGGUUCCAGAUGUUGUGAACUACACCACAUUGAUUAAUGGGUGCUGUCUUGCAGGAAGAGUUUCCUGUGCAUUAGACUUACUUGAGGAGAUGGAGCAGAAUGGUCUGAUGCCUGAUAUUGUUACCUAUAAUGUUCUUGCCGGUGGGUUUUCUAGAAACGGACGUGUUAAAGAGGCAUUGGACCUUGUAAAAUACAUGAAAGAGCAAGGUGUGGCACCAAACACCACAACAUACAACAUGAUCAUCGAAGGCUUAUGUAUUGGCGGGAAGGUAAAGGAAGCUGAAAAGUUUUUUACUAGUUUGGAAGAUAAGUGUUUAGAAAAUUAUGCUGCUUUGAUUGAUGGCUAUUGUGAAUCAAAUCACACAGAAGCGGCCUUUAAACUAUUCCUUAGGCUUGCAAAGCAUAGAGCUGUGGUAAAAAGAAGUUCUUGUCUAAAACUUCUCAGUUGCCUUUGCACAGAAGGCAAAUAUAACAAAGCUAUAAAGUUAUUUGAUUUAGUGUUGUCUUCUGUUGAAGGCCCUUGUGAGAAAAUGUGUACUAAAGUUAUUGCUGCUCUCUGUGGUUCUGGAGAUAUGAAGAAGGCACAGUGGGUGUUUGAUAAUAUGGUUGCCAAGGGGUUAACUCCAGAUGUUAUUACGUACACAAUAAUGUUGAAUGGUUAUUGUAGGGUGAAUUGCUUUAAUGAGGCUUGUGAUCUUUUUAAUGAUAUGAAGGAGAGAGGUAUAACUCCUGAUAUCAUCACUUACACUGUUUUGCUGGAUGGAUAUUCAAAGAUUAAUUUUAGAAGGGAAAAAAGAUUUGGAAAGGAAGGCCAAAAGAAAGACAUUUCUCCUUUAUUGGUUGAAAUGAAGGAGAUGAAUUUGAAAGCUGAUGCCAUCUGUUAUACUGCUUUAAUUGACAGUCAUUGUAAAUCGAACAAUCUUCAAGAUGCUAUUGACCUUUUUAAUGAAAUGAUUGAUAUUGGUCUAGAACCUGAUACUGUAACUUAUAGUGCCCUGCUGUGUGGGUAUUGUAAGAGGAGAGAUGUGGAUAGGGCUGUAAGUCUAGUCAAUGAGAUGUCAUUAAAGGGAAUAGAACCAGAUAGCCACACCAUGUCAACAUUAUACCAUGGUAUCUUAAAGGCCAAGAAAGUACAGUUCCGGCAUAAGAAAUCUGCUGACUUUACUGGUAUGGGAGAUUGAAGGAGCAGAUAACAUAUUUGUGGGAAAUGGGAAUAGCACUGUCUUUGAGGCCUUCUCAAGUCUUACACUGCCUGAUACAGUUGAUUUGGCAAGAGGAACAAGCACCACGAAGUUUAGAUCACACUUUGCCCAGGAACAUUAGAAUGUAAAACCAGGAGAUCAAGGAGUUCAGAUUGCUUACAUUCUUGAGAUUCAGUGAGCAGGUCAAAAGCAAAUUAGGUAGUUGCUUCUAUUUUAAUUCAGAGUUUAUGCUCCCUUAACUAUCUUAAGACAUAAACUGAGGAUUCUUGUCUAGUCCCAUACUUCUAUAUAUAACUUGCAUUUGAAUGUGUUUCAUGGUUGACAAUUAUGCUCACAGUUGGAAAUUCUUUUGGUAUGGGAAAGU